CAAAAUAAUUAAAACUCCUUCUUCCAAGUUAAUAUGAAUGCAAAUUAUACGCCGCUAAAAGCGAUUUCUCUGAAUCAAUUAUGCUGUGAUGGCUUAGCGCCUGAAGGAGACCAGGGGAAAUGCUGUAACUGGAUUUACAUUUUUUGCUCCUUUGCCGAUAAUGAUUGGACAGCGAUGAUGGUAGAGUCAUGAAUCACUCCGCUCGAGCGCAGAAUCACAAGCGUUUUCGCACUCUCGGCUUGACAGAAAGUCGAGCAUGACGCGAUUCAGUACCAUGAAGAAUGCAAUGACGUGACGGUGGUCAUGCUUUUGAGGGAUCACACGCUGGGAUGGCGAGCUGCUUAUUAAAGCACAACAGGAUUGUAACUUUUGCACUAGUGAUAUUCUAAGUAGGUCUAUACACAAGAAAUGUGCUUAGACAAAAAAAUGCGAUAUUACGUUUGAGUUCCUGGAGACUUGGUUCGUACCAAACGUCGUCUGACAUGGUAACAUUCGGAAACGGGACGGAUUCGAGGUCAAUGGCUUUCGUUGCUAUCCAAUCGUCGUUCAUGGCUAUCAUCAUGUUAUCCGCCACGCUUGGGAACACCUUGGUCCUGCUUGCGCUGGCGAACUACCGGAUCCUACGGAACAACACCACGGUGUUCAUCGCCAACCUAGCGGUGGCCGACCUGUCUGUCGGCCUGACGGGCAUGCCAUUUAUCCUGGGCUCUAGCAUCGCCAACCGAUGGAUCGCAGGGGACGUGUUCUGCACCGUCAACGGCAUCACCAACGUGAUCUUCUGUGUGGCCAGCAUGCUCACCCUGGCCGGGAUCGCCCUGGAUCGUUACUUCGCCAUCGUACACCCGUUCCGCUACCUGGAGCUCAUGUCUGGGCGUAGGGUGGCCGUAGUUCUCGCCUGGGUCUGGUUGCAGCCCCUCGCUCUAGCACUCCUGCCCUUUGCCUGGUCCUGGUCUUACUACAAAUACUUCCACAAUGAAUACAUCUGCACCAUAGACUGGGGUUACAGCCCCAGCUUCUCCUGCAGUAUCUUCGCCUUGGGCUUCUUUGCUCCACUAACCAUCAUGUUCUUUUGCUACUUCCACAUCCUCAGAGUGGCCCGUAGACAGUCCCGGCUGAUCGUCGACAUGGAGUCCAUGGGGUCCAGCGAGUCGGCCUUGGCGACCCGGCGGGCCCGACGGCUCAAGAGAGACGCCAAGGCGGCGUUUAUGCUCCUUGUCUUAAUCGGCAACUUCAUGGCCUGCUGGCUGCCCCAUUUCGUCGGCAUCCUAUGUCUGGUAUUCACGAGGAACGACUGCCCUUUUUCGGAUGCCGUGUUCACGACGACCACCUGGCUGGCUAUGGCUAACUCAGGGCUUAAUCCCGUGAUCUAUGGUUUAUUGGACGGACGAAUUCGGCAAGCCGUGGGUCUGAUCCUGCGGUGCAGAAUGCGCGAAAGGCUGAAGGACCCGAGCAUCGUAACGAUAAACACAAAUUAAAAGCGGCAUUGGACUCACUUUACCCGAGAGUUACAGCAAAUAAACGAGCUAGGCGCUACCGGACCUGGGAGCGUGUGCCCUAAUAGUCAUAGAGAAGACUGGCGACCACAAACCGUGAUUUACAGACGUGCACUGAGUGCGAAAGACUUCAAAUAUUUCAAUGACAGGUUCUAACGACUUCAUAUUAAUGUUGAAAUGGAGAGACUGAGAAUAAAGUAUCGGGAAAAUGUCAGACAAAGAAGCACUCAAACAUUUUAAAACAGGUCUAGCACAUAUGUCUCAGUUCAAUUUAAAAUAUUCUUGUAUAAUCUUGUUUGAAGAGUUAGCCGUUAAAUUUUCUUGUGUUGUUAACUGUUUAUAGCGCUAUGAGCAAUUUUAGGUGGCUAUAUGUGUGCAUUUUAUAGAAAUUCUCCAAUGUUAUUGCAUCGUAAUUUGAAUCCAAAGUUACUCAUUCUCUAAGUGAAAUAGCACUCCGUAGUGAGGGGGCAUUUCCUCAUGAUUCAUACAUAAGAACAUGUAAGGAUCAACGAAUCUCCUUUUGAGUGGUUUGUGAAGUGGUUCGAAAAGUGCAAACCAUACUUUCAUGAAAUUGAUAAAGCACUCCUAAAUUUCAUAGAGUCCUGUGGUGGUUUUAGUCCGAUAUGUGCUGCAAUGGCACACGUAUAUAAUAAUAAAUCCAAGGCGCAAGAUGAAGAGAAUACGAGUACACUGUAUAUAUCCAGCACUGAGUGUUGACUGCACAAAUACUCUCAUGAAGUUGAUAUAGCACUCCUUAAUUUCAAAGAAUCCUGUGGUGGGUUUGGCCGCCAUGGCACACGUAUAAUAAUUAAUCCAAGGCGCAAGAUGAAUAGAAUGCAAGUUUCCAGCACUGAGUGCCGACUGCACAAAUACUCUCAUGAAGUUGACAUGGCACUCCUUAAUUUCAAAGAGUCCCAUGGUGGUGUUUAGUUUGAUAUAGGUUUGGCUGCCAUGGCACACGUAUAAUAAUUAAUCUAAGGCGUAAGAUGAAGAGAAUGCAAGUAUCCAGCUCUGAGUGCUGACUGCACAAAUACUCUCAUGAAGUUGACAUGUCACUCCUAAUUUCAUAGAGUCCCGUGGUGGUUGUAGUUUGGUAUAAGUUUCGCUGCAAUGGCGUUUGUACGAUAACGAAUCCAAGGAGCAAGAGGAACAUGCAAUUGCAUGGAAUGAAAAGUCAAGAAAAUUUAUGAGAGAGCCGCAGUAUAAAUUCAUCACAGUGACAACGCAAAGAAUAUUGAUGGGACUUUUGUUCAUUUAGGAACGUUUGGGCACUUAUGCCCCCCAAACUUCGACGCUUGAUUACUUCGUAUAGCUGUGUCGAUAUUAAUUCACUGGUGAUCUUCCCUCCACUGAGAGACCAUUAUGGCGGCUUUAAUGGGGUUUCCGCCUCCAAUGUGGUAGCCUAGUGUUGUGCAUGGAACCCACAGAUAAUCAAAAUAACCUUCCCAAACCAUUACUCACCUCAGGAGAUGACUAUAAUUCAAGAUGAUGGUUUUAGGUUCUAUUAAAGCGCAUGAUUUGGCAUAGCUCAGCUGAGGGGAAGAUGUCAAGGCAACUGUCAAUAGCCAUCGGCAUGAUAUGCCACCAUUCUCGCGCAGAAAACACACGCUUCAGAGGUCCCAUUUGUGAUGAAAGAAGAUGGCCCGCGAAAUGAUAAAAUUGAUCUAGUCCAGGUGUCAAUUUCCUAUUGGAAGGAGGAUCGUGAACGAUGGUCGGCACACAUUGUGUUGGUAUUUUCUUGUCAUCUUAACCAGGUAGGUCAACUUUUUUUACUUUCGAGCAUCCUGAAAAAAGGAUUCAUACGGGAAUAAGCUAGCGCCAUUAUGGAAAAUACACGUUUUGUGUCUGUAAACUCUCGUUCGAACCUAUUAACUGAGGUGUCCACUGACCUUAAGACUUCAUGAAAUCAAAUUAAGAUUAAUGGAAGCGUAAAGCAAUAGUAAUAUUAAAUUUUGUGGCAUUUCUGUUUAUAAUAUUUCAAACAGUGUUUAUUAUGAUGGUUUGUACGGGUAGGUGUUGCGUAUGUUUUUUUUUUCAAAGCUUUUUAACGUACCUUGGCGAGAUAGCCAGGGUUAAUGACACUUGCACUCCACACAAAUACAAUCUUGCUUGUAAAAUUCCCGUUUAUCAUGACACUGUUUUAUGUAAGGCUUUCUCAAGUUGAAUUUAAUCGAAAUCAACACAGGAUGUCUUCUUGUAAUUAUGUGUGUAGGUAUUAUACCGUGUUAGGGGAAAGUGGGGCUACUAGGCCACUAAGCACAUUCUUGAUUUUAACCAUAUUCAAUGAUCCAGGAAAAGGAUAAAACUACUCUUAAAUCAUAACCAAAACACUUGUUUGUUUAUUGCAAACAGCUGAAAUCAAUUACAUUAAUGAAACUUAUGAAUAUCUAACUCAUUCAUGCAAAAGUGGACCACUAGCCCCACACCAGGGGCAAGUGGACCACAUUAUAAAACCUUAAAACUUGCCACCAAACGAGUACGGAAUGAAUGUUAGAAUGAGUAAAUGGAUAAUAAAACACUGAAAAUAGCAAUCGUAAUUAUCUCAGAAGCACCAGAGUUCAAUUUAAAAAAUUAAUUAGAAAACUCCUAUAUCAUUCCUCCAGUCAGGUAAUGUCUGGUUUUUGCGAUGUUAAGCUAAUGGAGUUAAUUGGUUCGGGCAUUUUUAUUAUCCUAAAUCAUGAUUUGAACUUUUAUUGCUUUAAAUUUAUUUAUAUUUUUCA